CAACCCCGGUUCUGCAGCUCAGAGUGAGCCUUUUCGGCUGAGGAGCCCUGAAGCCAGGGGAUGGUCCGGCUGGUUUGCCCUGAACGAGCAACCUGGUGUUGCGGUCACACGAGGUGCUGGAGAGUCUGGGAAAAGCACCAUUGUGAAGCAGAUGAAGAUUAUUCAUGAGGAUGGCUACUCGGAGGAAGAAUGCAAACAAUAUAAAGUGGUUGUCUACAGCAAUACUAUCCAGUCCAUCAUUGCAAUCAUAAGAGCCAUGGGAAGGCUAAAGAUAGACUUUGGGGAAGUUGCCAGAGCAGACGAUGCCCGUCAGUUGUUUGUAUUAGCUGGAAGCGCAGAGGAAGGCGUGAUGACCGCCGAGCUAGCUGGCGUGAUUAAGCGGUUGUGGAGAGAUGCUGGGGUUCAGGCCUGCUUCAGCAGAUCGAGAGAAUAUCAGCUUAACGACUCUGCAUCAUAUUACCUAAAUGACUUGGAUAGAAUAUCCCAGCCGACCUAUAUUCCGACUCAGCAGGAUGUUCUGCGGACCAGAGUUAAAACUACAGGCAUCGUGGAAACUCACUUCACCUUCAAGGACCUGUACUUCAAGAUGUUUGACGUUGGCGGCCAACGGUCGGAGCGGAAGAAGUGGAUCCACUGCUUUGAGGGCGUGACAGCAAUCAUUUUCUGUGUGGCCCUCAGCGAUUACGACCUCGUCUUGGCCGAAGACGAGGAAAUGAACCGGAUGCAUGAGAGUAUGAAACUGUUCGACAGCAUUUGCAACAACAAAUGGUUUACAGACACAUCGAUCAUUCUCUUCUUGAACAAGAAAGACCUGUUUGAGGAGAAGAUUAAGAAAAGCCCACUAACGAUCUGCUACCCAGAGUACACAGCCUCCUGA